CAAGACUGGGUUUUGCAUCGCCUCCUACCUGUAGCCUUAACUUGAGAGAACAGGAGAGCCUUUUUUUAAGAAUGGGAAGAGCAUUCCCCUUUAAACAAGGUGGGCUGAGCUUAUUUGCAGUUUCUCGCUCCUAUGGCAACCCAAUAGAUCAGCAUCAUGAAUAUUCACAAUUCGCCAAAAGAAACGCACCAUGACUAUGGAUCAGUGAUGUCAGCCAGCGGUCCCUGGAAGAAUGCUCUCUACUGUAUUUUUUUUUUGCAAGAUUGUGUGUCGCGUUGUUUUAAUGGCAAGCUGGCAAAAGACAUCUGGUUGAAAAAGAGCAUCCUAAAUCGUCGUGCAUGACCUUUUCUCUCGUCUCCUGUAUCAUCACCACCGUCCGUCGGCACGUCUCCUCACAUGUCACGCUAAAGGUGACUUUCAAGCAGUUUUUUUUCCACUUUUUUUGCGCACAAAUGUCGGAAGAUGUUCAUCGAGGACGCAGUGGCCAGGCUGUGCGUGAGGAGGAGGACACAUGCACAACUGUCAAGGUAGUCUAAUUAUGAGGAAGAGCAUCUCUCAUCAUCUGUUUCAGUAGGAGCCACUGGCUUUCCAUGUCAUGUGCAGCAGGGAUUCAGAGACUGAUCGCUCUCACAAACAGAUGUAGUGGCAUUAUUCGUUACUAUACAGCCUAACACAUCUGGAUUUUAUUUAAUUUCCUCUCAAUGUCAUAAUGGAAAGGCUGCACUCCUCCAUGCGUAAAAGGCUCUACAGUUUGCCACAGCACAUUGGACAGAAAGCAUCCAUAAUGAUGGGCGAUGGAGAAGGAGAAGAAGACGCAGACAACAAGGACACCCGGAGGAAGAGUCUCAGGAUGAAGCCUCUACUACCGUCACCGUCACCGACCUCUGGAGGAGGAAGCUGCAAAGGCAUGAUCGGGGAGAGCACCAAAAGUGGGGAUCAUCAGUCUGGGAUCAUGGAGACGGACAUAGGGAGACCGACUAAAACCAGCUCAAACGGAGAUUGCAGGAGAUUUCGAGGCAGCCUCUCGUCCAUCACAAGUCGCCAUGUGCACGACUCUUCUGACUCUGCGGAGGAGAGGCGCCUCAUCACCGAGGGAGAUGUGGAGAGCCCUCCCGGAGCUAUAGGUGAUGAUGGGCCGCCGGAUCAAGACGCGCAACAAGGAGCCACUGGUGGAGGCGGUGGAGGUGAUGGAGAUGGUACCCAAAACGAUUCCCCACCAGACCAGCAGUUUAUAAAGUUGGAUGGCAUUGAUCAAAUUCUGCCGGACGACGAGAGAUUAUAUCAAGCUGGCUUCAUACACAGACAGCUCGGAGCAAUGCUUCAACCGGGGGUCAACAAGUUCUCCCUGAGGAUGUUUGGAAGUGAGAAGGCGGUAGAACGAGAACAAGAGCGGGUUAAAUCCGCCGGAUUUUGGAUAAUUCACCCAUACAGUGAUUUCAGGUUUUACUGGGACUUGACCAUGCUGCUGCUGAUGGUGGGCAACCUCAUCAUCAUCCCCGUGGGCAUCACGUUCUUCAAGGACGAGCACACGCCCCCCUGGAUCGUGUUCAACGUGGUCUCCGACACCUUCUUCCUCAUGGACCUGGUCCUCAACUUCAGGACGGGUAUUGUCAAGGAGGACAACACGGAGAUCAUCUUGGAUCCGCAACAGAUCAAGAUCAAGUACUUGCGGAGUUGGUUUGUGGUGGACUUCAUCUCCUCCAUCCCUGUGGACUACAUCUUCCUCAUCGUGGAGACGCGCAUCGACUCAGAUUUCUACAAGACGGCGCGCGCCUUGCGGAUUGUCCGCUUCACAAAGAUCCUCAGCUUGCUGCGACUCCUGCGCCUCUCUAGACUCAUUCGCUAUAUCCACCAAUGGGAAGAGAUCUUCCACAUGACCUAUGACCUGGCCAGCGCCAUGGUGAGGAUAGUCAACCUGAUCGGCAUGAUGCUGCUGCUGUGUCACUGGGACGGCUGCCUGCAGUUCCUGGUGCCCAUGCUGCAGGACUUCCCCGCCGACUGCUGGGUGUCCAAAAAUAAGAUGGUGAAUGACACAUGGGGACAGCAGUACUCCUACGCACUUUUCAAAGCUAUGAGCCACAUGCUGUGUAUUGGGUAUGGCAUGUACCCCCCGGUGGGCAUGACAGACGUGUGGCUGACCAUCCUCAGCAUGAUUGUGGGCGCUACCUGCUACGCCAUGUUCGUGGGCCACGCCACCGCGCUAAUCCAAUCCCUGGACUCAUCUCGGCGGCAGUACCAGGAGAAGUACAAACAGGUGGAGCAGUACAUGUCCUUCCACAAGCUGCCGGCAGAUAUGAGGCAGAGAAUCCACGACUACUACGAGCACCGUUACCAGGGCAAGAUGUUCGACGAGGAGAGCAUCCUGGGGGAGCUGAACGAGCCGCUCCGAGAGGAAAUCAUCAACUUUAACUGUCGAAAGCUGGUGGCGUCCAUGCCUCUGUUUGCCAACGCCGACCCCAACUUUGUCACCUCCAUGCUCACCAAGCUGAGGUUUCAGGUGUUCCAGCCUGGGGAUUAUAUCAUCAGGGAGGGCACCAUCGGCAAGGCAAUGUACUUCAUACAGCAUGGGGUUACCAGCGUACUAACCAAAGGCAAUAAAGAGACCAAGCUGUCAGAUGGCUCCUACUUCGGAGAGAUUUGUUUGCUGACGCGGGGCAGAAGGACAGCGAGUGUCCGAGCAGACACGUACUGUCGCCUGUACUCGCUGUCUGUGGACAACUUCAAUGAGGUGCUGGAGGAGUAUCCUAUGAUGAGAAGGGCCUUUGAGACUGUUGCCGUGGACAGGCUGGACCGUAUUGGCAAGAAAAACUCCAUCCUGCAGCACAAGGUGGACCACGACCUCAGCUCUGGUGAACUCAACUACCAGGAGAAUGAGAUCAUCCAGCAGAUUGUGCAGCACGACAGGGACCAAGCCCAUUGCGCCCACCUCUUCCAGAACGCCCCACCGCCGACGCCUCCUUCACCUACCCCUGUCAUCUGGGCCCCGCUCAUCCAGGCCCCUCUCCAGGCAGCAGCCGCCACCACCUCAGUAGCCAUUGCCCUGACACACCAUCCCCUCCUUCCACAAACUCUUUUCAGGCCCCCGGUUUCUCUUCUGGGGUCCCAAAAGGACCCUUCCAGCCGGUUUAAGAAGUUCCCCACAUUUGUUCCCCCCAUCAGAACACCUGGCUCUGCUGGGGACUCUCCCUCUAGCACACCCUCUAAACUGCGCGCUGCGGUGGACAUGCCAUUGCUGGCCUCUUUUCGGGCCCUGCACAUGACGUCAGGUAUGGGGCCAACUGGCUGUAGCCAACAGGCCUCAGGUAGCGGAGGCCAGCGUGGACUUAGUGGGGCUGGCUCUGGGUCCAGUGGAGGAGGGGCCUCUGCCUUCCCUUUCGGACCUUACUCUUCCUCUGAUUCACCUUCAUCUAGCAUGGCCCAGCUACACCCACAACCACAGCAUCAACAUCCCUUUCGCUCCAGCACCCCACCUCUCUCAAACCUCUUCCACCAAGGAUCUACAAGUGGAAGCACAGGGUCAGGAAUAAGUGGAGGGGCAGUUGGAGCCUGUGGUGGUGCUACAGGGUGGUCUUCAGGUGGAGCGGUCGUAGGGUCUGUGGAAGGAGCCACAGGAGGAGACACUGCUUGGGCUGGAGAGGACUUUACAACUGGAACGACGGGGCUACCGCCUGGGGGGCACUUUGGGUUGGGAGGAGCUACUGGUGGAUCAAUAGUAGAGAUCUCAGGGGAAUCAUUGGUAGGGGUAUCUGAAGGAUCAGUGGGUGCUGCUUGUGUCAGGGUGGCAGGAGGGGCAUCGGGUGCAUCAGCGGGGGGCAUUACCUGUGGGUCAAUAGGAGAUGCAGCCAGGAGAUCAAUAGGAGGGACUUCUAGAGGAUCAAUAGGAAGAGCUUCUGGGGGAUCAGUGGGAGGGUCUUCUGGAGAAUCACCGGUAGUGACGACCUCUGGAGGAUCGUUAGGGAGGGCUUCUGGUGGAUCAAUGGGAGUGGUUUCUGGGGGAUUGACAGGGGGGGCCUCUGGGGGAACGCUUGGUAGCGUUUCUGGUGAUUCCAUAUUAGGGAAUCCUGUAGGAUUGUUGGGAAGGAUUGUUGGUGGAUCCACAACUAGCCAUAUAGGAGGUAUUGGAGGUUUGAGUGGGCCAGGGGGAGUGGUGAUUGGGGGGCAUAUUGGUAGAACAUCAGGAGGGGCAGUAGGCAGCCAUAUAGGAGGGUCUACAGCUUGUCCUGUAGGAGGAACUUCUGCUGGAAUUACAGCUGGACUUCUUAGUUCCUCUCGUUGUCAGAGUCCUAUAUCUACCGGCUCGUCCAGCCCAAUGCCAGGUCAGCUACUCCUUAGCCAGCCACCUCCCAAGCCUCCUCAAGUGGCUCCUUUGCAGCAGUUUGCUGGGGGAGGCAGGACUACCAGUGGCUUAAACCUCUUCCCUUCCCCUCCCCAUGGCUCCCCAUCCUCUAACAGAGGACAGCACAGCCAGCAGCCUGCUGAGGGCUCCCCAUCUUCCCUCAGCCAUUUUAGCCUGGCAGGCCUCCAGUCUGGCUUACUGCCUCACCAGAUGUCCCUGGAGAGGUCUGCUCUGGCCUCCUUGGCCCAGUAUGGUUCAGCAAACGCCUCCCCCUGCCUUACCCCGGUGGCGCCCAGCCCUACUGUUCAAAGCCCAGUGGCGGGCAGGACUUUCCACUACAGCGACCCCUCGAGUGCCACCGGAUCCCACAGUUCUCUGCUCAUGCCUCAACCUUCUUUCCCUUCGCAGCUUCCCAGCCAGCCACACACAGCAGGGAGAGAUUCUCCGCUGGGCCGCUUUUCCGAGGACCUAAAGCUUUUAUCCAGCUCGCACCCAUCCCUGCCCCAGGAGGUGGCCCAGACCUUAGGCCACCAUACUGCUUGCUCCUCUGUGGAAACCGGAUAUUACCCCUCACCCUUUUCCUCACCCACUCUUGUGCCCAAACCCUGUAGCUCAGUGCCAGGGCACAUGACUCCUCCAAUCCAGACGUCUCCGGGGCAUCCUCACCAGACUCAGUCCACCGGGGCGUCCCCGGCCUUGCCUCUACGGAGGGCCUCUGCUGCCUACUCAUCAGAUCUAGAACCUCAAACUGUCCGCUCUAAACUCCCUUCCAAUUUGUGAGGAUUGAUCACACCCUCCUGUGCUCCUCCAAACUGAAACACACACACAAACUAUCUCCGUGUGUGGCUUUCUUUUUCUUUCUGUCUUCAGACUUCACUGUGUUCCACCUCUCAUUUUUACCAAGAUCUUAAAAAUUACUGUGAUUUAAAAAGACACUUUCCCGGGUAACUCGGAUCUCUAGAAUACUCUAUAUUUGUUUUAUGCGUUGUCCUCUUUUUUUUAUUCAUACAUACUGUACAUAGAUAGAGAUAUAUUUAAAUGAUAAGUUAAUCAAGGGACUAGGAGGGUGUGAAAAAAAGAUCUCCAUUUAAAGUCAUUAUCUUUAUUUCUAUAACUAUGCCAAAUUCAUCUGGUGACGUUUUGGGAAGACAGUUCAAUGGACUACACAAUAAUACUCUUUUUUCUGCAGGAACCUAUGCACUAAUACCUGCAUGUAUAAAUGCUUUUUGUGUGUUUCAAAAAAAUUAUCUACAUUUUUAGCUAAAAGAACAUGCUUCGAGACAGGCUGACUCUUGUACCAUCUCAUACAGGAUCACAUAUUGUUGAUCCUUAAAUGUAUCUAUUAGAUUGUACUUAUUUAUCCUCUGUAUAAACUUUUCAAAACCUAAUGAGAGAUGGAGAAGAGAUUUUAGGAAACCAAAAAAAAAAGUAUUUUCCUGUGGGGUAAUGAUUCACCUCCUCUCGGCCCGUCAAUCCUUAUUUUAUACCACUUUAUCGUUAUAAUACUGUUUUUUGAAGCAGGGGGAUAGGGGUUCAGCGAGCUACCCUCCAUUUCAAUACUGAGACGUAACAGUAUGUGAGCGACUGGCUUUCUGCAGAGUCCUCAACCAUGUCCUAACAAGCUCACUUUGUCUUCCAAGCUCAUGCCGCUAAUGUGUGUAGAAAGCGUGUGUUGUUUUUCUUCCUGACUGUGUGCAACUGUUAAUGUGUGAGUGUUGGUGAGAAUACGUGUGUGGUUCAGUGGAAACAGUCGGAUGCAAGAAAAGACUUUUCCCUGGACUGAUCAAAAGGAUGUUUGCCUUUUUUUUUCUCGAACAAAACCUAGAACUUCCAUUAACCACAGCUUGUGUGUUGCAUUGUGUAGCACUUCGAAAAUAGUCGAGCCCCAAAACUAGACUUUCAGUCAUUGAGCAAAUGCAUUACAUAUACAGUACACAAGCUGAAAUAUCCGAAAAGUGCUGGAAACGGAAAUAUGCCACUUGAUAUUUGAUUUGUGCAUUACUUCUUCUACUGUAGCUGCUAUGUGAUCAACAUGGACAUGGUUCCUCAUUCAUUGAAGGCCAGUGCUUGAGUUUGAGAUGAUGAAUGUAUGUACAUUUGGUGUUGCUAAAAGUAAGUACUGUAGCUGUGGUGGAUGCACUGAAGACACGGUGUCCCCGGAGCUUAAGAGACUGUUCUGUAACUAAGCAAGGUCAUUGGUUAAAUAUCUUUGACAGACAUUUUCAUCAGCAGCCCUCUCUCCUGCCAAAGUGUCCUUUAGCAAGACACAGAACCAACUCAAUUGUUGUGAGGCAAUCUGGAUAUACGACUCAGUAUGUUGCCUAAAACAGCCCACUCUUUACUGCAUGUUCUCCAUAAAGGAUUGCUAUAUUGCUGCGCUGCUUCUGUAACUCUGAGAGAAAUUGCUUGCAUGAAGGUGCAGGGAAGACUUUGACAACCAUUAGUUUGAGUUUUGUCAACAUCAUUGAAAGAUUGAAUCUGAAAAUUGAGAUCUGAUUCAUAUAAUAUACAUACACGGAGCACAUCUAGAUUUAGCUGCAGUCAAAAAGCAAAGAUUUGUAUUCAUUCAGAAUCUGGUGGCACUGCCAGAGAGUUUCACAGUGGUCAAGAAAAAACUGAAUACACAGUGGAGGAAGGUAUCACUAAACUCCCCAAGGAGAGGAGCAGUGAUAUGCUUCUACAUGUUUGUCUGUAGCUCAUCACCAAGACAGACCCGGGUCCCACUCAGACAGCUGAGUCCCUAACUCAGUCACAGCACUCAGCCACAGCAGCCUAAUUUAACAAGACAUGUCUGUAAUCCCUUGACCCUCGCAGGCUAUCAUGGACUCCCACACAGAGGUGCACAGUGACCACGCUCUCUCCCCUCAUUACAGCUCCCAGAAGUCCCUAUAAUAAGGUAUAGCGAUACACAUGACAUGACACACAGCUGCACGUAUGCACAUUUACAGACACGCACACAACAACAAGACAUAUAUAUACUGCUCCUGGCAAAAAUGAGAAAUAUUCAACAUUUCUAUUUUUUACCCGGAGCAUUUAAUGUUGUUGAAAAUAUCCUCGACUGAAUUUGCAGUAAGCUAAUCUAUGACCAAUUGAUUUUCCACUUCCUUCAGAUCCGCCGGGCCAGUUUAUAUAGCCAGCAGCUCUUACCACUGUUAUGAUUAGUGAUUUAAUGUAUGAUUUUUGUUGAAGACAUGAAAACAUGCACUGUAACUACAGCUUUUAAUCUUCUGGGUUUUUUUAAGCAACACUUUUGAUUAAGUGUUACAUUUUAGGGUGUAUAGAGUGGUGCAGGAAUGAGUCCUAAAACCCAGAAAUGAGUUAGCAUUUUAGCACUUCCGCUUCCCUCGUCUGGAAG